CUCUAUCAAUCCCAAAACAAAAGACUUCUUCCAAAGAAUUGGCAAAACUAAGCUACUAAUCUAUGGCUGUCUCAGGCAAAACCACCACCACCACCAAUCCAUCUUCAACUCUCCAUCCUCCUUACUUACAGAUGAUAAGCGAAGCAAUAUCGUCAUUGAAGGAUCACACAGGUUCGAGCCAACCAGCGAUCGCGAAAUUCAUGGAAGAAAAGUACAGCUCUCUGCUUCCUCCAAAUUUCAAGAAAAUGUUGUUGAUUCAAUUGAAGAAGUUUGUAAAAUCGAAGAAACUUGUCAAAAUCAAAAAUUCGUACGAGGUGUCUACAUCCGAGAACGUGAAAUUGGUUGCUGCUGCUGCUGCUUCUAUCAAAGAAUCCGAGAAAACAGACAAAGCUGAUGUGAAAAAUGAAGAGAAGACGAAGAGGCUGAGCCAAUUCAAAACUCCAAAGGCUUUGAAGAAGAAGAAGAAGAAAGUUUCGACCCCUGCGAAGAGGAACUCAUCCAAGUCGGUCAAGGUUAGGGCUUGA